ACAGAGUACAACCCAACAAUUCGAAUGCUCCUUUUACAACUCGCACGGCAACCCCCGGGCACCUAACUUUUUUCACGACUUGCCGGCUUGUCGGCCAAACGUCACCUCGACCGUGCUUUCCUCCGCACUCACCUCUCGCUGGCCCCGGUCAAAGCAGCAGGAAUCAUAGGAAGAAGAAUGCCUUGCGUGCCACAGAUCCGUCCCUCCGGCCGUUUAUUCGCGUGUCACCUCGCUUCCACCGGAAGCUGAUUGUUAAAAAGAAACACAAAAGAAGGGAUUAGGGGACAAAAUGCAUCCUUCGAUUGUCGACACGAGCAUAAUCGAUCUGCUCGAGGCCGAUCCGCGACCUUCCUUCAUUGUUGCCCUGGCACCACAUCCCCCGACUGUAGUCUACACGAACCGGGCCUUCGCGGGGUAUCCAGAACUCCUAGAACUUAUCACGACCAGGAGGGACGAUUCCCAGCACCUCUGGGAAUGGAUCACUGGUUUUCCCUCGUCGUCGGCCCCUCAGGAGCCGGCCACGACCGGUAGCGUUACUUGCUCGUCCUUCUCAUAUUCGAAUGUCUAUUGGACCCGGUCGGUUGUUCACGAGCAGAUGGUGGUUGUGGGCGCAAACGAGCAGAGGAGCUCGUCAGAAAUGCCGGCUAGGCUGCCGCCCGACGCCGAGGCCCGUCGGAGCAGCAGUGUUCCCUCGCCGAGACGCAUACUCCCCAUUGAUGGUGACGUGGCAGGCCUCGCUUCCGGGCCCUCGAGCCCCUGCCCGCCCUCACCCGUAUCCGACCGCCGCGCAAAGUCCAGCCCAGCAGUCCCAGCAGUCCCGGUAGUCACCUUGGCGACAAAUCACAGGGAGAGGCCCCCCUCUCGGACAGAAGCCGUCCAGUCUCUAGAACCCAUCGGCCGGUCCGUGUCCGAUCCCGGGUGGAUACUCCCAGAUACCAAGCCGGAGCUACGUCCCUUCUUGGAUGUAAUCAACAGCGUCGACUGGGAGGCAACACCGCUGGGUGCUAUGCGGACCUGGCCGCGAAAGCUGAAGGAGACCAUCAAUCAGAUUUUGGUCGACAGUCGUCCAAUUGCCGUCUAUUGGGGCCCUUCCUACACCACCGUCUACAAUGAAGCAUUCAGCCAGCUUUGCGGCGCCAAACAUCCAGCAAUGCUCGGCAUGCCUGUCGAAGAAGCCUGGAGUGAAGCGGGACAGCGUCUGAAGGACAUGAUGAGCAGCAUCUCCCCGCACCAAAGGGGUGGCGUCGAGGAUGAAUGGCGGUUUUUCGUCGAGAGAGAGCCAGAAGUCGAGGGCGGUCCGCCUUGGCUAGAGGAGACGUAUCUGAAAUGGUCCAUCAUACCCAUUGUCGAAAACAACCAGUGUCUUGGGUUUGUACAUCCUGUCGCCGAGACGACAAGUUUGCGGCUUUGGGAGCGCAGGAUGAAAAUGCUCAUUGAGCUUGGCGAGGUGCUGGUCACGGCAAGGGAUGUCAAAAGCUACUGGGAGAAAGCCAUUCAGCAGCUGGGCGCCGUCGAACCACGCUAUGAUAUCCCCUUGGCAAUUCUAUACACUGUUGAGGAAGACCCAGACGCCAUACCCGCCACGCCCCCAGUGUCUGGCAAUUAUGCCAAGAUUUGCCGUCUAGCCGGGGUGCUGGGCGUUCCCGAAAAGCAUCCCAUUGCGCCGGAUUCGCUUAACUUGCGGACCGGUAACGAGCCCCUAGCGCACUUAUUCAGGGAGGCGAUGGCAACCAAGUAUCCUCUGUUGCUGCAGACGAGCGACGGGACCCUACCACAGACGCUCCUCGAAGGACUGCAGUGGAGAGGGUUUGAAGGGGACCCUUGCCGAGCUGUUUUGAUCUGCCCGAUACGACCGACCAGGGAGGAGAACGUAAUGGGGCUGCUCGUUCUUGGCCUCAAUCCCAGACGCCCGUAUGACAACGACUACCGGCAGUACAUCUCUCUGCUGAACCAGAAGAUGGCGACGUCUUUAGCGUCGAUCGUGCUGCUCGAGGAGGAGGCUCGAAGAGGUAGGAAUGCCGCCGAGCAAGCUGCGUACGACCAGGCCAUGCUCCAGGAGAAGUUGGCGGUGCAAACCAAGGAGGCAAACGAGUCGAUCCAAAUGUUUGAAGCCGUGGCCGAGUUCGUGCCGGUCGGUAUGUGCUUCGGUGACCCGGAGGGCAACCUCACAUACGCCAAUGAUGCCUGGCACAAGAUCACGGGCUAUCCGGGAACCGGGACGAUUACGAAUCAGAGUUUUCUGUCGUGCGUCAAGGAGGAGGAUCGGCCGCUCAUUAUCGCCGAGUACGAGAAGCUCAAGACGGCGCGUAAUGUUCAGUUUGAGUUCCGUGUCAAGCGACAGACCAACUUGGAGAAUCCCUCGGCUCCGUCUCACACCUCACCGAGUUUUGAAAAGGCCGGACUAGACCUGCUCUCAGUUGGGGAUUUGCAAGAACGUCAUGUGCUGGCAACUGCCAGGGCCGAGUGCGCCGCGGACGGGAGUGUAAUUCGCGUCUUGACGUGUCUGACGGACGUAACGGCGCACAAACGGGCGGCCGAAGAGGCGGUGCGGCGCGCCCAGCAGGCCGAAAACCUCAAACGCAUGGCCGAAUACGCCACGGUCGGGCUGUACGAUAUGGACCUUGACGGGCGACUGCUCGGGGCCAACACCGUCUUCUUUGAGAUGUGCGGGCUGCGAAAAGUCGAUCCUGCUGAAGUGGAAAUCAGGCCGUGGCAGAUGUGUGUCCGCGAGGACGACUUGUCGCUGCUUACCGACAAGCUUGAGAAGAUGGUGCUUGAGGACAAGGUGCAGACCGUCGAGGUCAGGCUCAACACGACGUGGGUGGCUGAUGACGGUUCAGGGCACACGGUCGUUCUGCCACGCUGGGUUCAGGCAACCUUGAUGCCCGUCCGAACGACGGAGGGCGUCAUACAGAGCUUCACGGGCUCUUUUAGCGACGUGUCGCUGCAGAAGUGGCAAUUGGACUGGGAGAAGGAACGCAAGGAAGAGGCCAUUGAGUCCAAACGGCAGCACGAAAACUUUAUCGACAUGACGUCUCACGAGAUGCGCAAUCCGCUAAGCGCCAUCAUUCAUUGCGCAGAUGCCAUCACUGCCACGCUUACGCGAGUCCAGGAGCUCCUCGGGCACGGCAUCUACGGCGCUGGAACCGGCGUUUCUGGCAAGGCGCUGGGGGGCGGCGUAUCCUCGGUGACUAACCUGGCUGACGACUGGCGCACCGAAGUGCGUGACCUUAUCGAGAGCAGCAUUGACAAUGCCGAGACCAUUGUCAGUUGCGCACAGCACCAGAAGCGCAUCGUCGACGAUAUCCUGACCAUGUCCAAACUGGACUCUAAUCUGCUUUCCAUCACGCACAUUACGGUUGAUCCUAUCCGAAUUGUUCAGGAAGCCCUCAAGAUGUUUGAGGUGGAAGCUCGGCGAGUAGACAUCAACUUGAGCAUGGUGGUCGACGCGUCUUAUCGCGCCCUCAACAUCAGAUAUCUUGAUUUUGAUCCGUCGCGGCUGAAGCAGGUCCUCAUCAACCUGCUCACCAACGCGCUCAAAUUCACCAACACCGGCCCGACACGAAACGUCUCGGUAGGCAUUAGUGCGAGCCUCACGCGCCCAACCGAGGCCACGAGCAAAGUGCAGUUCAUCCCGCGAUCAACGGAAGCCUAUGACGCGGGACACGACCAGCCGGCUCCCCAGAACCGUCAGCACCCGGUCUUUUUGAUGUUCGAGGUCAAGGACACUGGCCAAGGCCUGACAGAAGAGGAAAUGAAGAGUCUCUUUCAGCGGUUUGUGCAGGCCACGAGCCGCACGCACAUCAAAUACGGCGGCUCCGGGUUGGGCCUCUUCAUUAGCCGCCGCCUGACGGAACUGCAGAACGGCGCCAUUGGAGUGGCCAGUCAGCCGGGUGUUGGCAGCACUUUUGCCUUUUACAUCGAGGCUUACCCGCCGAGCGAGGCAGCUUUCCGCAGUGCCGAGGCCGGUGAGGUGGCCAGCGGGCCCCUGUCUGCUCUGCGGGUCACGCCGCCGGGCUCAAGCGGAGGUCGGGUGCCCGCUGAGCGUACCGUUAGUAGCAGCACGCUGAGCGAGGCUGCCAGCGUCACGAGCAGCAGCUCGGCACUUGUCUCCCCUGUUACAAACAAGGGCGAGACGCCCAUGAGCAGCGAGAUAAGCGUGUCUCCACUAGCGUCGUCGGCAUCCAAGAUCAAUGGCGUGCUGGUUGUCGAGGAUAACCUCAUCAACCAACAGAUCACAAGACGGGGGUUGAUCAAUAUGGGUUUCACCGUUGAUGUGGCAAAUCAUGGCGUUGAGUGUCUGGAAAAGCUACGGCUGACAGAUCGAUUUGUCCCAUCUACCAAGGAGCGGACCGGGGAGGCCGAGGAAGUGUGUUCCAAGGACGCCACCUCUGCCUGUUCAGAUAAUCGAACCCACGAUGCGGACAUGGCGUCCCCAGGAACGGUGCAAGCGCAGAAGUCACAGCAGGCCUCUCCCUUCCCGCUAUCAAUGAUCCUAAUGGACAUUGAGAUGCCGGUCCAAGACGGCUUGACGUGCACGCGUCACAUCCGGGAGCUGGAGAGGGCGGGCAAGAUCACGGGUGGGAGGAUCCCGAUUAUCGCGGUUAGUGCCAACGCGAGGAUGGAGCAGAUCUUGGAGGCCAAAGAGGCGGGCUGUGACGACGUCCUGGUGAAGCCUUACCGGAUGCCCGAGUUGCUGGAGCGGAUGAGGACGGUCAUGGAGCGUGUGGCUAGCGGAGGGAGCGAGCAUGAGCAUGAGCAUGAGCAUGCGAGUGCGGAUGGAGGGAAUAUGUAGUGUAAGCGAGGCGUUGUGUUUCGUUCGGUCAAGGGCUGUGCGGAUAGAUAGGUUCGGAUACCCCCACCUCCCCUUCUCUCCCCUUUUCUUGUGGAUGUCGUUGUACGGAUAGUACUCUUGAGCUUGAUGGGGCUGGUGGCUGGAUUCUUCCCCGGAUGGUUGGAUGCGUGCAUAGCAUAGCAUGGCAUGGCAUGGCAUGGCAUAGCGGUGUAGACAUAUGAAUAACUGAAGACUUAUGAUGUUGGUCG